GGAGCGCAGACUGGCAGUUAGCAGCGACUCCCCUUUGUGUCUGGGCUGGCAACGGGGCGCGAGCAGGAGCCAGCCGGGGCUGGGAGGCGACGCGUGUGAAUCCCCCGCACCCCUCCUGGCCGAGCCCGUCUGUGGAGGGCGAGGGCAGGGAGCAGGAGCUGCCGCGCGGGGGAGUCAGCCUGUGGGAAGGCGCCGGGCUCCGCUCCAGCCCCGGGGGGACCCCGCAGCCCGGGGCCGCCGGCUGAAGCCCCGGGACGCCCCUCGCGGGGUCUCUCUAGGCGGAGCAGCGCUGCCCGCCGACGGCGGGGGAAGGGGCGAGGAGGAGACGGGAGGAGGAGGAGGGAGAGGGGCCUCUGUCGCUCUCCCGGCCGGCGGCGAGCAGGAACUGGAGCCUGAGCCAUUGCUUAGCUGGAGGCACCCGAGCGGGCGCCCUCCCUUCGGAGGGGCGAGGGCUGCGCUCGCGUCCUGUGCGGCUGAAGAGACCAGAUGGGCCAAGGCACAGCCUGUCCGUGGAAGUGACUGAGGGCGCCUCUCCUUGUUACGAGACACGGAAGAGGGCGAAGGCAGACCGAGACCGUCCACGGGAUGGGAGGCGUCUCUGGCCCCCGUCUUCUUCAGAGCUUGUUCCGCGUAGCCAGGGCCGAGUAAGGAGGCACCAGAGGUGACCGUUGCUGUCGAUUCCCCCUCACCCCUGGAUAUGUUUCAUGCCAAACCUGGAUGCUUCUUUGAUAUCGUGAAGUUGCGUGGGAAAUAGUCUGGGUUUCCGGUGUGACCGCAAGAGUAGCUGCUCACCUAGGGGAAGCGAAAUGCAUCGUGGUUUGGAGACAAAACCUCCCUUUUCUAUGGUCGUUAGAAAGAAGAGGAGCCAGGUCCCGAGGCAUGAAGACAGAUACGUGUAAUGGAGUAAGACCUCAGACAGCUCCUGUCAUCUGCCGUUUGCCCUUCCAGACUGGAUUGUGAUCCAAGAGAGUUUUAAGAUUGUUUAGAAAAGGGAGGAAAUUCCUCCUUUCGGUAUUUUUUUCCCUUCUGCCUCCUUCUUUGGCUUCCUCAGGUAUGAGUGCCUCUCUGCAGCACCUUUUGCGGGUGCUCUUGCUCUCCAGUGCCACCCUGCUGCUCAGCACUGCGGCUGUGAGAAAUGGGACUUUUUCUCCAGUGGUGUUGAUGGACAUUGAUGACGUUGCCAUUCUUCCAGUCUUUCUGGGACACCUUGCUUACCCUCUGCUUCACUGGCUUAUGCCUCUUACUAGGCAAUUGGAUGGGCAAGAGGAACUACACUGAGUAGCUGCAGAAUGACUGGAAUGUGCAUUUUGGAGACUGAAAGCUACCCAGAGUGAGGAGCGGUUGUGUGCAUUUAAGGACCCAUAUCAACAAGACCAUGGAAUCAGUGAGAGUCGAAUCUCUCAGGAGAAUGGCACAAUUUUGUGUAUGAAAGGCAGCACCUGCUAUGGACUUUGGGAAAAAACACGAGAAGGAGACAUACAUCUUGUAAAACAAGGAUGCUGGUCUCACAUAGGAGACCCACAGGAGUGUCACUAUGAGGAGUGUAUAGUAACAACCACCCCUUCCUUGAUUCAGAAUGGAACGUAUCGCUUCUGCUGCUGCAGCACUGACUUGUGUAAUGUCAACUUCACUGAAAACUUUCCUCCUCCUGACCCAACUGAUACAACACCUUUCAAUUCAUCUAAUUCUUUUCACCGAGAUGAGACUAUUGUUAUUGCCUUGGCCUCAGUCUCUGUAUUAGCUGUUUUGAUUGCUGCUAUAUUCUUUGGAUAUAGGAUGCUUGCAGGGGACCGUAAGCAAGGUCUACACAGUAUGAACAUGAUGGAGGCAGCAGCAUCAGAGCCUUCACUAGACCUGGAUAAUCUAAAAUUGUUAGAGCUGAUUGGCCGGGGGCGAUAUGGAGCAGUGUAUAAAGGUUCCCUAGAUGAGCGUCCAGUGGCUGUAAAAGUAUUUUCCUUUGCCAACCGCCAGAACUUUAUCAACGAGAGGAACAUUUACAGAGUCCCACUGAUGGAGCAUGACAAUAUUGCCCGCUUCAUUGUGGGAGAUGAGCGAUUCACUGCAGAUGGACGUAUGGAAUAUUUGUUGGUGAUGGAAUAUUAUCCCAAUGGUUCUUUGUGCAAGUAUUUGAGUCUUCACACCAGUGACUGGGUGAGCUCCUGUCGUUUGGCACAUUCGGUAACCAGGGGCCUGGCAUACCUUCACACAGAGUUACCUCGAGGAGACCAUUAUAAACCUGCCAUUUCCCAUCGCGACUUGAACAGCCGUAAUGUAUUGGUGAAGAAUGAUGGAACAUGUGUAAUUAGUGAUUUUGGAUUAUCCAUGAGAUUAACUGGAAAUCGACUGGUACGUCCGGGCGAGGAGGACAAUGCAGCCAUUAGUGAGGUUGGUACAAUCCGCUAUAUGGCUCCUGAAGUGCUAGAAGGAGCAGUGAACUUGAGGGACUGUGAAUCUGCUCUGAAACAAGUAGAUAUGUAUGCACUAGGCCUUAUCUACUGGGAGAUCUUCAUGAGAUGCACAGACCUCUUCCCAGGGGAGUCGGUGCCAGAGUACCAGAUGGCAUUCCAGACAGAAGUUGGAAACCAUCCCACUUUUGAAGAUAUGCAAGUACUGGUAUCUAGGGAAAAGCAACGACCAAAAUUCCCAGAAGCUUGGAAAGAGAACAGCCUGGCUGUGAGGUCCUUGAAAGAGACAAUCGAAGACUGCUGGGACCAAGAUGCUGAAGCUCGACUGACAGCCCAGUGUGCUGAAGAGCGGAUGGCUGAACUCAUGAUGAUUUGGGAGAGGAACAAAUCAGUCAGCCCAACAGUCAAUCCUAUGUCUACUGCCAUGCAGAAUGAGCGCAACCUGUCACAUCACAGGCGUGUUCCAAAAAUCAGGCCAUAUCCAGAUUACUCUUCUUCCUCCUAUAUUGAAGACUCAAUCCACCACACUGACAGUAUAGUGAAGAACAUUUCUUCUGAGCAUUCAGUGUCCACUACACCAUUGACUUCAGGGGAGAAGAACAGAAACUCCAUUAACUAUGAACGACAGCAAGCACAGGCUCGCAUCCCUAGCCCUGAGACUAGUGUCACCAGUUUGUCCACCAACACAACUACCACCAACACAACUGGCCUUACUCCUAGCACUGGCAUGACUACCAUAUCUGAGAUGCCUUACUCAGAUGAAACAAACCUACAUGCUACAAAUGUCAUGCAGUCUGUUGGACCAACUCCUGUUUGUCUUCAGCUAACAGAGGAGGACUUAGAAACCAACAAGCUGGAUCCAAAAGAAGUAGAUAAGAACCUAAAGGAGAGCUCUGAUGAGAAUCUGAUGGAGCAUUCCCUUAAACAGUUCAGUGGACCAGAUCCACUCAGCAGCACCAGCUCCAGCUUGCUUUACCCACUGAUCAAACUUGCAGCAGAGGUGACAGGACAGCAGGACUUCACACAAGCUGGGAAUGGUCAAGCAUGUUUGAUUCCAGAUGUCCCAUCCACUCAGGUCUACCCUCUACCCAAGCAGCAGAACCUUCCGAAGAGGCCUACUAGUCUACCUUUAAACCCCAAAAAUUCAACAAAGGAGCCACGACUGAAAUUUGGUGGCAAGCACAAAUCAAACUUGAAGCAAGUGGAAACUGGAGUUGCCAAGAUGAACACUAUUAAUGCUGCAGAACCUCAUGUGGUAACAGUUACCAUGAAUGGAGUGGCCGGGAGAAGCCAAAGCAUAAACUCGCAUGGUGUAGCAACCCAGUAUGCCAAUGGUGUAGUGCCAUCUGGCCAGACAACCAGUUCAGUGGCACACAGGGCCCAGGAAAUGCUGCAGAAUCAGUUCAGUGGAGAAGACAGUCGGCUGAAUAUUAACUCAAGCCCAGAUGAGCAUGAACCCUUACUGAGACGGGAGCAGCAAGUUGGCCAAGAUGAAGGUGUUCUGGAUCGUCUAGUGGACAGGAGAGAGCGACCGCUAGAUAAUGGCCGAACAAACACCAAUAACAACAACAGUAAUCCAUGUCCAAUGCAAGACAUUACUACACUUGGCACCCAGAGAAUGACAACAUAUCCUGGGCAGACCCAGACUAGAAGAGCACAGAGGCCUAAUUCACUAGAUCUAUCGGCCACAAAUACUUUGGACAGCAGUAGCUUGCAGUUAGGUGACUCAUCACAAGAUGGCAAACCGGGCUCAGGAGAAAAGAUCAAGAAACGUGUGAAAACUCCAUAUUCACUUAAGCGGUGGCGCCCUUCAACAUGGGUCAUCUCCACUGAACCACUGGACUGCGAGGUCAACAACAAUGGCAGUGACAGGGCAGUCCACUCUAAAUCCAACACUGCUGUUUACCUUGCAGAUGGAGGUACUGCUACAACAAUGGUGUCUAAGGAUGCAGGAGUGAACUGCCUGUGAAAUAUUUUAAAAGCCAACAAAAUGACAUUUUUGCAUUAUUUGAAAUGAACAUGCAGAAGACAUUUUAAAAAACUGCUUUCUCCUCCUGUCAGCACCCCCUGCCAAGAACUCGCUUUAAAUGGAUUUCAGCUAUGCAGAAAUUUUUUAGCUUAUGCUUCCAUAUUUUUUGUUUCAUUUUUUGAACGUUUUUGCACUUUUAUUUAGUAUCGCUAAAGUUAAGUCUGUCUGUUUUUGACCACAGAAUUAUAUAUAUGUGUAUCAAAAAUGUGGUCUCAAAAUAUUUUUUUAAAAAAAAUAACAAAAAAAUUUAUUGCUGAUAAUCAGUUUGGACCAGUUCCUAAAGAUCACUAAAAACAUAAGCAGACUAUAAGACAGGUUUGACUGCAGUGGUGUCUUGUAUCCAUGUUUUGAUUUCUGUGCACAAGUUAAUUAGUAUGUUUCUAUGUUACAGAGUGUAUUAUCUUUUGAAUGCCCUACUUUUCUUGUGUUAUGUUGAAAUGUGCAAUAGUCUAUAGUUCACAGUACGCUUUAUUGGAAAGUGUGUUUAUAAAACCGCCACACAUUCUCCCCCUCUUUGUGAGUAUUUGUUAAUUUUUUUCCUGACGGUUUGGCAGUUGGUCAUUCAUGACAGUGAACUUUGCACACCAUAGCCAGCUUGAAGCAGCUGCCUAUAUCUAUCAUUGAGCUCUAAGAUUAUAAUGGAAAAUGCAUGAAUUUUCCCCACCUUGAAAGGACUUUUAAAAGGAACAAACAAAAUAUGAUUUCAGCUGCCUUUCUUUUCAACCUUCAGUAUCUUAACCAGUUUCCUUCAUAGGAGACAUGACACUGGAAGGGGAAGCUCUAAGCAAGACAGUGUUGAACAAAGUGUGAGGAAACAAAGUAAGUCUGCCAUUUUUGAUUUUUGCUGCAGUUUCAGUUUGUAUUUAUGAACAUUUUUUAUUGAUUGCUAUUAUUGUGUAUUUAUCAGAAAUCCUAAUGAACUGUCCUACUAAGAUCUUGAGUAUACACAGUUGCAUUUUGUUCCUUACAAGAGAAAAAAGCCUGACUUAUGAUUGACACAAAACAGUCAUGUGAUGAGCAACUAAGCAUCUAUUAAAUACCUCCGUAGAGGUAAAUAUUGAGGUCUGGAGCCAUAUCCAUCAAAUUACAUAUGCAAGUAUGUUUAUCCUAAUUGGCAGCAGCUGAGUUAAGUGAAAACUAGUUUUCUUAGAGUUUUGUAUAGACCUCUUAAUUCAUCUUGAAAUUAGAAUUUUAAACAUACACUUUUAAAAGUUAUGGCCAUGAGGAAGAGAUUUCAAUCUUUUAUGGUGAAAACACUCAGAAUGUAUGUAACACUACAUACACUGACUUCAUGUAUUUGUGACCAUUAAUCCCUUGAGGUGAGUGACCACAACUUCUUCCCAGGGUAAUAGAAUUUGUCUAUUUAAACAGAAUUACUUCCUUUCUGGACAUUGCACCCACAUGAGGCCUUUGUCUCAAGAGUGAUUAUUUACCCUGCUGAAAUAAAUUUAAUAAGAAGUAAUUAGCUAAGAAAUUGAAGUAUCUAGUGUGGUGUGGCACUGCGCAAAGCUUUGUAGCUGUAUUUGAAAACAGCUCAUGUCCCAACACCUAAAAAGCUGUGGAAAAAUUAUUCAGUCAGCAUGCCAAAUCACUAUGGUAGGAUGCUGGCAGCCAAGAUUUGCCACCAAACUUGCCUUUUUUCAGCUGACUGAAUCUGAUUUUCUGUCCUUCCAAGACCAUUCAUUACCUUGAUAUUGCUUUUGUACAAUCUUUCCCCAUACCGUAACUUUUUCUAACUCUCUUCUUGAGGCUCUGAUGAUUACCUGCCAUAUGUAAUAUAUGGCCUUCCACAUCUGACUCUGUUUCCCAAGCUUCCUUGUUUGCAUUCCUGUCUCUCUCUGGCAUCCUAAUCUGCUGUAGGCCAGAUUCUGCUGUCAGCUAUACCAGUAUAAAUCAGGAGCUGCUUGUUUCAUUGACUUCAGAGCAGUUACUCUGCUAUUAUACUGGUGUAACUGAAAUCAGACUCUGGCCCAGUGUAGUUGCAGAAGUGUAAAUCAGGGCAGAAUUUGGCCUCCAGCUCUUUAAGCAUUGCCCAGUCCUUGCACCCAAAUAAAGGCUCCUGCUUUUCUCUUAGGCACAACUUUGUUAGCCUAAUGUAUAAAUAUACAGUUGCUUAUCUUUAUGUUGCUAAAAGAUGUUCUCCAUUUUAUUUUCAGUUCUUUCUCCUGCUUGCCAUCUGCUGCAAUCUAACAUCCCAGAUAUUGAAAACUUGCCACAUGUUCAGUUGACUUGCAUUACACACUGAUCUGAAUUCUUGACACGAUAGUCAUAACAUUGCCUGUGCUUUUUGUUCCUUUUGGAAUUUACCUUAACUUGAAAUUCUUCACACUUUUUGGAUCUAUGUGUGAAUUUCUGGAGUACAAUACUUUGUUUUUUGCAGCAGUCACUGUAGCAUGUGCAUAAUGAAGAUUGCUCACACCUCGUUUAGUGACUUUUUGCUUUGCCUUAAGUGUAAACUUGAUCAUCAUUUCAGAGUGUUACUUUAAAAAACAUCUGUAAAACACUCUGUGACAGUUCUCAGGGCACCCAGGACUGUGAGUCACCGUGGUUACCCCUUGCCUCCAGCAAAAGGGAGUCUUUCUUAUGGUAGCUGGAUGUCAGCUCCUUGACACCAGGAGCCUUUCAGCCACUCGAGCACUCUUCUCUGAGCUAUACCAUCACUAACUUCACCUUGCAGGUUAAUAAGAGGUGCACCUCAGUCCCUGGGUCCUUUUGAAUUAUUCCCCUGCGAUAUCCAGCCCCUAACAUUAGCUACUCACAGAAAUUCCAGACCCGUGCGUUUUCUCUUAAAUCACUGCACCUGUAACCUACGCAGCACUUGUGAGCACUUAUACGAAAACAAAACUAGGUUUAUUUAAGAAAGAAUAAAGAUUUAACUAGAAGUGAGAGAAAGUGAUAGAAACAACUUAUGACAACACAAACCUGGGUCUAUACUUAUCAAUGGUUACCUUUUCUAUAUAAUAAGGUAGCCUUUCCCCCCAGGGUUCAGUCAAUUGCUGAGCUGGCUGGUGUCACAAGAAUCAGGAUCUAAAUGUUCAUGAAAGCCCCUUGCUUCUUAAGUGGUUUCCUCAGUGAAUGGAUCCAGAGUGCCUUUUGCUCUUUUGUCUUUAGUCAUAGCCCUGGUGAUAUCCUGCCUGCUGUAAUACUCCUUUUUCACCUCCAAGUGGUUUUAAUCAUGGGCAAUUGUCUUUGACGGUUUUCCAUUGACUGUUCUGGGAUGUGGCCAGGUUAGAUAAUAGACCCUUGCACUGCCUUGCCAGCUGACUGGGGAAGAGUGACAACUCUCUCUUGCUUGAAUGAGACAUCAUCAAAACACUUGGUCCGGUGAUUAAUUUUUACUCCAAGUCCAUAAAGCAUACUUUCCGUAUAAAUACAUUAAUUCUUAAAUAUCCAUACAUACAUCUCACAAUGAUUGAGUCUUGACAAGUUAUGAGCUUUCUGUAGAUAGCUUUUAUGUUACUCUUUAUGGAUAAAUAUCCUGUAAGACGUGUUUGGUGCAGUGAGUUUGUCAGGUCUGAGGUGAAAGAUGUUUACAAAGAACAGGGGCCCUUUGCCAAGGAGCCUCUGUAUCUCACACACACACACUCUUAUCUUAGGUUAUGUCUACACUAUAGCCUAUGCCAGCAAAAUUUAUGUCGCUCAGGGGUGUAAAUAUUCCAUCCUCCCUGUAUGACAUAAGUUACACCAACAUAAGCACUCGUGUGCACUUUGGUAUGUCGGCGGGAGAGCUUUUAAUGCUGACAUAGCUUCUGCUGCUCGCAGAGAUGGUUUUAUUAUACCAAUGAGAGAUCUCUCCCCUGUUGGCAUAGAGCGUCUUCACCAGAUGUGCUGCAGCAGCGACAUGGCCUAAGUUGAAACAUGCUAGGAAAAGAAAAAUUAUUUACUCUAAAUACUGCUGCUUUUUGCCAAGGCUGAUUACACUGGUCUUGUAGCUUUUGUUUUAGGCCAAUCCUUUGUAAUAAUUCAAACUUCUUUAUGCUUGAUGCAGUCAAAAGUUUUAAUAAAAUCACUGUACCAGAUGGAAAAGUCUUUCUGGCAUUCUGCAAUUUUCCCUAAGCUUCCUUAAAGCAAAUAUAACUUUCACAUUUCUCCUGUCUUUCUCGAACAUUUUGUUGAAAACUUUUGGGGUAAAUCACAAUUGUCAGAAAGUAUCUGUUGUAUAAUCAAUCUAUCAUGGAUAAAUAUCAUUUGUAACAUAGUAGAAAUGUGUACACUUUAUCCCAAUGUGAAUUCUAGAUCAAAAGGAGCAACUUUAUUACUUCUAAAGGUCAACUCAAACAGAUGAUAGGUAUAUAUUAAAAUGUUCGAAUUUUGCAGAGUUAGAUGAGGUGAGACUAAAUAUGGCUUAAUUCUGAUGUAUAAUUAGCAAAGCCCUUGUUUUGCUCACAGUAGGUAAUCUUAUCUUUUCCACAGAACUCAAUUCCUGUAAUUAAAUUACAUUGAAUUGUAGCUCACAAAAGUACCUUGGAGACUCAUACUUAAGGUCAAGUCAAAUACAAGAGAGAGAAUUCUACAAAUCAAAACUAUUUUUUAACUAAUGUACAGUAAAUCAGUUUUGGAAAGUCCAGUUUAUUUCUUUGUUAAAAAAAUACAUUAAUGGAUAAUGAUGAAAGUUGAUAAAUUACCAUUUUUCUAAAUGCAUAUUGCAGACAAUAUAAAUAUAUCAAAAUGACAAUAGACUGAUAAUGUAAAUAGCAAUGGAUUGUGCCAAUGUCAAAUAAACAAUGGUAGAAUAUUUUAUAUGUUCACUUCUAAUAUGGAAUUCAAAUAAAAUGUUACAACAAACAUAGGUGACCUAUCUAUGUAUAGGCCACUCAGAAAUCUUAUUGGUUUUAGAAAAUCACACACAUUAAAUCUAAAGAACUUGUCCAGGCAAAUAUGUUGUCCAGGCACAGAACUUGUCCAGGCAAACAUUUCCUACUCCUAUGAAGUUCAGCAUUACAUAGUUAGUUUUGAGAAUAGGAAUUCUAGCCAUAUGUGUAGACAUGCCUAUAUGGUGAUAGAUUUAUUUUCUUUUUAACAAAAAUAGAGAUUUAUGAGUAGAUUAUGAGGAAAUCAGGGGAAAUGUUCCAGAUAGUGCUCCACAAAUGCAUGUGUGCACACAGGCUAAAUAAUUAAAAGAUAAUCCCACUCUUGCAAUUGCCAGGUGUAUUUAAAUUGCAGAACUAAAAGUAAAGAAAUAUUUAAUUUAAAAGAAAACCAGGAUACAUUGUGAUUAUAUCAUCUUCCAACCCCGGGAAUACUUCAUUGUAAAAAACACAGAUUUUGUCUGUAUUAUGUUUUGUUAAUAUAAUAGUUCACUUCACAGUUUUUUCUGUCAUUCGUUCACAUCUAGAAAAUUACCUGGUUUUAGUGGCAACACAGUUUUGUUAUUUUUUCAAAGUCUAUUGGGGCAGAAACAAAAGUGAGAGGGAUGUUGGCAGGUUUCAGGGAUAAACUGAAAAAUGUUUGAUAUGGAGUUGUUUAGAAAGUAAAUAUCCUCUCUCCCAACAACUUACUCCAGAAAAGCUCUUUAAUCCUGAAUGGUACAGGAAAAGAUAUAUAAAAAGACGUGAACAUAGACAUCUAUGGAAGAGAUUAUCAAACAAAAUUUGAUAAGUAAUAUAUUUUUACUCAGCAGAUACAUCUUAUGUACAUAAUAUAUAUGCUGCAUAGUUUCAGGCCCCAUUCAGUUUGCUUGACCCCUCCAUGUGUUCUAAUGACAUUGCUAAAGUACUUUUGAGAGAGAAAAAUGAAAAAUAUACAUAUUCCACUAGUGUAACAAUCAUGGAAAUAUAUUCAGAUAGUCAUUUUCUAAUGUGAUAAAAAAUGAAAUCAUCACAGCUAUUUUGUCCCUUAAUCAUUAUCUACACAGCAUAGCCUUUCUGGAAAUAGUAUAUAUGCUGUGUGUUUUACUGCCAAAACAUGUCAGAAUAGUGUAUUUUUAUGUUAUCUUUUAUGUUGUUUGAUUUUUGAAUAUAGAUUUACAUUCACAGCUUCCAGACCAUGAUUGGUUUCAGAGUAACAGCCGUGUUAGUCUGUAUUCGUAAAAAGAAAAGGAGUACUUGUGGCACCUUAGAGACUAACCAGUUUAUUUGAGCAUGAGCUUUCGUGAGCUACAGCUCACUUCAUCGGGCAUCCGAUGAAGUGAGCUGUAGCUCACGAAAGCUCAUGCUCAAAUAAACUGGUUAGUCUCUAAGGUGCCACAAGUACUCCUUUUCUUUUUACAGACCAUGAUUGUGAUCUAUAAAAUCUGUAGUUACGGGUGCUUAGCACCUCUUAGGAUUUGACCCUUUAUCCAUAAUGAAAUUUGCUUCCCACCUUUUUUGGUACAUAUAAAAAGAGUUCGUAAACCAUGGGCCAGCUAUAAACACAGAAGUUGCAACCUGAACAUCUGUCAUGAGUAAAAUUCAUACACGUAAAUCAAUACAGGAAAAGUGUUUUACAUUAUGCUGUGAAUUAUACAUGCACGCAGGCACUAACUUUUGUUUUUCCCGGUGGGUGCUCCGCACCCUCCCCCGAGGCCCCAUCUUCACCCCUCUCCUAACGCUCCCCGCUGCUCACUCCUCUCCGUUCCCUCUCCUGAGGCUGCCCCAACCGCCGCUCCCUCCUCUCUGCCUCUCCUUCUCCUAGCGCCUCCAGCCAGCCACUCACUGAUCGGCAGCCAGCCUGAGAGCUGGUCAGCAGCCAGCCCCAGGGCCGGAACCAGUGUGGCUGGUGGAUGCUGAGCAUCCCAUAUUUUUUUUUCCGUGGGUGCUUGAGGCCCGGAGCACCCACAGAAUUGGCGUCGAUGUACUUGCACCAAAUAAUAGUUCCUUAUUGCUACCACAGAGAAAAUGAUAAAGGAAAAAACAAGAUUAAAACAACCUAUAGUACAGAGUAAAUUUGUAGGCUGUGUCCUUAUCCAGAUGUCAGAACUCAUUUGUAACAAUCUAACAAAACAUUCACCCGCAGAUAGCUAUCUCAUUAGCCUAUGAAAACUGGGCUGUAGAUCCUUCAGCACUUUCUCUAAAGUCAGAUUGUGGAAUUUGCACUCAGGUGCACAGCACAUCACUUGCGUUUCUCAGUUGCUCAUUACAUUUUGUAUGCGUUACUUUUUAACCCUUUCUUACCGCAAAAGCUAUACAUACUGCAAGGGAGCCAUAACACAUUUUUGUCUUUGAAAUAGUUGUGUAUGUAUUUAGAUGCAUAUGUGUUCUGCAUUAAUUCCAUUUUUAAAUACUAUGUGUUAGGUAUGAAAUAGGCACAUAUAAUGUCCUGAUCAAACAGGUAGACUUUUUCACAGGCCAUGUUUAAGUUGCGUCUUCUCCAUAUUGCAACAGAAAUUGGACUACAACUAUGAAACUAAUACAAUUCCUCCCAAAUACUUAAUAUCCCUCCGAAUGGAACCUGGUCAUUGACUAUGCCUGGACUGUGUGUACUUUGAAGAAAGGUAAAAAACGGGGAAUACAGUCGAUAUGAAAUGCAUUUGAAGCUGAAUAAUUAAAGGUUGUUGGGGUUUUUUUUAAACAUUAAAAUUAAGUCUGAAAUAAAUCUAAGAUAUUUAAAGAGUAAUAUUUGGCAUUUUCUUUUACAAGACCUUUGUGAUGUUAUAGCUAAGGUUACGUGUGCACUUCCAAUAUAAAUCCAAUUUUUCACAGGGCCCUAAAUCUACUGAAAAAUAUUCUCUUCUUGGGUUAAAAGUUAUACAAAGCUUCAGGUCAGGAAUAUAUCUGUUUGGUUUUGGUUUUGUGUUUUUAAUUUUUAAAAUGUAGUUUAAUUUUGGUGUAAAAUAAUAAUUAAACAGAUGUAACAUUUUGGGCUUCCUUCGGCUCUCGCUGAAGUCAGUAAUAAAACUUUCAAUGACUUUUGGCAGGAUCAAGCUUUUGGCUCUCCUGGGAAUCAAAAUGGGAAUUCUAUUUGGUAUAACUUUAUCUAAGAAAUAGUUUGUAUCUAAUCAGUUAGGACUUGAUUCAAUUUCCACUAAAGUCAGUGGGAGUCUUGCCACUGAUUUCAGUGGAAGCAAGAUCAGGUCCCCUGGCCUUCUUUACAGUAGAUUUUUCCCCCUUUUAUAAUUUCUCAUCAUUGUUACUACUGGUGUAGCUCCAACAGCGGGAAUGCUAAUGUACACGGGCCACUUCUGGGUGCUGGCAUUUGGAGCAGGGUUAGGUAACAUUCUAACUAAAGCUGCAGCAGCAGGUCUACACGAGUCCAGCCAUGACAGCAGAGCUGCACCAGUGGCAGCACUGGCAGGACGUUUUAAGAUAAAGGGCCUGUUUCUCAUUAACUAUAAGGUUUCUUUUUAGUGAUCUGGGCUCUGAUGUAGUCACAGCCAUUGUCCAGGAUUCAUAUUUAAACAUGUUUUACUUUAUUGUACAUGCCAAUGCCAUUUUAAAUAAUCUUACUCUGUAGCUCAAGUGGUUUUAUUUACAUAAUUGCAAAAUAAAAUAGAACCCAAUGAACUGAUGACCUGUAAUAAUCUGAAGUUGACAGUGAUUCCAAAGGUGCCAUUCUAGUUAAUUUCAAUACAUAAUCCAUGUUUCAACAAAUUCAGUAAUUGGCCUAGGUUUGGAAAAGCUCCUUCAAAUCUCUUCCAUUCUCUUGGGAAAUUAAUCCAUGAGUUUGGGGACAAGGGGCGGAGUUGUAGGAGUGGCUAAUUGGCUAUUUUACAAUUUACAAUGAAAAGUCGUGGGCAUUCCCACACUUUUGCCAUUUUGUUAAAGAUAGAAACUAGCUCCUUUCUUUAUAGUUUAGUAGUUCGGGGGGCUUCCAAAAGUUAGCUUUUCACAGUUUACUUACUCGUUUUUCAGGCAGAGUAGUAAUUUUCAAGAUUUCUUUCUGGAGCACUAGAUUCAAUCUUGUUUGUUCAGAACUUGGUGAUGAUGUAGUCUGCAGCCUAAUAGUAGUAUGUUUUAGGCUCCCACAUGCAUGUUUGGUUACCACUGAAAGGAAAGGAAAUAGUUAAUGGGAUCAAUUAACAUUAAGGUUGUGAGGAAAGCAGGUAAGGCCAAGUUAAUACUGUCAUUUGUCACUUUGAUUUUCCUGGUUUGUGGCUUUUAUUGCUCUCUCGCGCGCGCACACACACACACACACGAAAUAUAUUUUAAAAGAUUUUUGUAUGAAUUUUUUCUUGUCUGCUUCUUGUCCUUAAAGGAAAAUAUCCUGUAUUCACAUUUAUAUAUGCUGGAAUCUUACCUCACAAUUGUUGUUGGUUACUUUUUUUCCACAAUAUACAAGGACAAUGGCCAAACCCUGAUUUGUAGGGUUUGGCGUUUUGCAGAAGCUGAAGUGUGGAGAUGUGAAACUGCUGUUCUCCUUAUGAACGAAAGGAAAACUAUAACCCUAGAGAGCAUUAAUUUCUGAAUGAGCUUUUCUGGGGGAAAUAGUAAUUUUGGAGUAUCAUCAGAACCUUUUUGCUAAUAGGUAUUGUUGUUGGGUUUUCUUCUCUCAAAUUACAGAUGAAAUAUCAUGUAUGAAUUUAUAAAUAGUUACUUUCAGUUAUUUUCCUUUUGUAUAAGCUGCCCAGUACCUCGCUAUGCUGUAUAAGUUGUGUUUUAUGAAACAGUGUGAGUAUGAACUCUUAAAAGCUAAUUACUUUUCCUUUUUUAAUCAUCUGUGGAUGCCACUAUGAAAGCUGACAUCGAUAAGCCACUACAGAGUUUUCUAUGAAUACUUGUAAGAAAAUGCUUUGUUACAUAUGAACCUAAAUAAAAAGAUUGUAUUGAUACAAACACAGGGAUAAGAACAUUUAAAGACUAUUCUUUAGGUUUAAAAGGCUUGCUGUAAAACGGUGCAUUAUUCCAUUUAUUAAAGAUCAUAUUCAUGACAAAAA